AUGGCGGCCUCCAUGGCGGGGGGCGGACCAUCCAGGAGCCAGGCACCGGAGGAGGAGCCCUGCCCAGCUGAGCCUGUGGGUGCCAUGGUGAACGUGGUGUUCAUCGACCGCUCCGGGCACCGCAUCCCGGUGCAGGGCCGUGUGGGCGACAACGUGCUGCACCUGGCACAGAGGCAUGGCAUUGAACUGGAAGGUGCCUGUGAAGCCUCCCUGGCCUGCUCCACUUGCCAUGUCUAUGUGAAAGAGGCCUUUGUGGACAAACUGCCAAUCCCUGAUGAGAGUCCAACGUGUUGGAGAAGAAGAGGCCACCAAGCUAAUCUCAUUAAGCAGCUCUGCCUAUCGAGGGAACUCAGCUCUGAGGAUGAGCCGGACUCCCUGUCAGCACAGAGGGGCAAGUGCUGUGCUUCCUGCAAGACGCAGAAGACGCCUCUGUGGAGAAUUGCAGAGGAUGGGACCCCGCUUUGUAAUGCUUGUGGCAUCAGGUACAAGAAGUACCGGAUCCGGUGUUUCCGCUGCUGGAACAUCCCAAGGAAAAACAGAAAGUUACGCUCAUGGUGCCCUAAGUGCGGAGAAAGGCUCCAUCUGGCAGUGGCUAUGCCGAGAAGCAGGAAAAGAAAAGGCGAUGAUGACAUCCUGACACCUCCCAUCAAGGUCCUCUACUGUUAACUGUGUGGGGGCAGUCCGAUGAAGGGUUUGGCCAACUUGGCAGGCCCAAGGCAUCAUUCCCAGGAGCGGGCAUGGCUACAAAGCAGGCACCAGCUCCAUUCAGCUGCCCUCCUGAGCCUACUCUGGCUGCUCAGUACCGAGAGCACAACUCUGGCUUGCAUGGGCUGCCCAGAUGUUGGGGCUUGAUGGCAACUCCUGGGUCUUGCAGGGCUGACAGCGCUGCCAAGGUAGAUCCUGAGAUCAUCCUUGGAGCAACAGCAGAAUGUGAGGCGGUGGGGAGGGAGACGUUUCAGCCCGGUCACUCUGCAGCCAAGCAGCAAUCUGCAUCUCCUCUGCCCUGAUAGUCCUGGAACUCCCUGCCAGCCAGCUAUUUCUGGAGCCCCUUGGUCCAGCAUGAAAACCCAGAGAGAAGAACCAGCUGCCAAAGUGCUUGGGAAAGAAAAAGAGCAAGGUUUCUUCAUUAAACUGUGACCCUGGUUUGUUGCCGUCUCAAGAGCGGCCACCCUGGCUGCUGGCCUGAGACAAACGCUGCUAGUGUUUGACAAACUCUUGCUACUAUGGACCAAAAACAGCUUUUCCUCGAAGGUUUGUGAAGUUUUUUAAGUGACAUCUGUUGCCCCUGCAGUGGAGACCUUCCCCAUGUGACACAUGGGUGUCUCCCAGACUCUGUAGAGUACUUUUUCUCUAGCAUGGACUGAAAUGUCCUUUCUAGUUGCUUGUUUAACCAUGAAGCUGGUGAGGUGGGGAGCAGUCCCAUGGAUCUGCCUUCAUAUCCCAGCCACCUUGGGGACCCACUCCCUUUCUGAGCCUCCAGAGCCCAGGGCAAGGCCCAUUCACAUGUCACAUGUGGUGUGUGCCUGUGCUCUGCAUGCUUGUGUAUCGGUGGAACUAUGUAUUUUUGCAGCAGAGCACCAGAAUGUGGUGUCACGGACUGAGGCCUGUUCAGAGUGGUGAUGUGUUUUCCUUUUGGGUGCACAAGUUUUU